AUGAUCAAGGAGUUGUUGGCAUAUAUGGAUAAUAACCAAGAUUUGGGGUUUUCCAUGAUUCGAAACCCAUGCUUUGCACAUGUGAUUCAACUUGCACUCAAUGCCCUUUUGGACCGGCUUAAGCUUAUCCCCGAUAAUGAAGAUGUUGAAAAAACUUGGUCGGGUGAACAUUGGGAAGUGUCUAAUACUGAAGUUCAGCGAUCAUUGGUUAAGAUUCGAAAAUUUGCUGUCUUUAUCCGAGCAAGUGCAAAGCGCCGAGAGCAAUUCCUUACCCUCCAACCUAAUAUUCGUCGUCCACUCCUUCCAAUUCAAGAUGUCAGAACCCGCUGGAAUUCCACCUUUUUGAUGUUACAACGUGCGAAACGCCUCCGAUCCAUAUAUGGUUCAUACUGUACUACACACAAAUACGAGUCCUUCCGUCUAAGUUCAGAAGAAUGGAAACAUGUGGAUUAUCUCCUUUCAAUCCUCCAGCCAUUUUUCAACUUUACCACUGUGAUCUCAUCAUCCAAAACAGUUACGAUUCACCUGGUAUUCGACCUCUAUAACGGCUUGUUUGACCACCUAGACACAUCUAUCCAGCGGCUUGGGUCAAAAAUAGCAUCUUGGAAGCUUUCUAUGAGAGAUGCUCUGAUUGCAGGGAAAGAGAAACUUCAAGAGUAUUAUGGAAAAACCAAUGGUGAUUCAGGUUUUCUCUAUGCUUGUGUAACAAUCUUGGCCCCAUCUCGGAAGCUACAGGCUUUUAAAACAUCUGCAUGGAAAGAAGAUAAAGAGUGGGUGCCCAAGUAUGAGCGAUUCCUACGUGAUAAGUACAUGGUUUACCGGCGAAACGGCCCUCCUCCACCCAUGAGACGUGCGACCCAAACAAAAAAUCUUCUCAAAAACCUUCUCCCCACCCCCCAUUCCCAAACCAAAGAGAAUGAUGAGCUUACACGCUACCUCCAAAGUGGGAUUAUUGAUGAUGAACCCUGUAAUUGGUGGCGAAAACACUAUGAUGAGUAUCCGACCCUGGCUCGAAUCGCCCGUGAUACACUCUGUAUCCCAGCAUCUGGAGCAGGUGUUGAGCGAAUGUUCAACUAUGCUCGGGAUAUCUGUCAUUAUCGACGAGGUGCUCUAAAGCCAGAGACAAUUGAGGAUCUGAUGUUGUAUAUGUGCUCAACAAAGUUCGAAUCAGAGGAUGAUCGGCUACGAUUCAUACGGGAAUCAGUGUUGGAGGAACAAGCCACAAUUGGAUCUUUUGAUCAUGAGCUUAAUAUUAAUUAUGUAGGGGAAGAAGUAGAAGAAGAGUUUAUACAUGUGGAACGUCAACUUGAUGGUAUUAGUGAGGAUGAGGUAGAGGAUGAGGUGGAGGAUGAGGUGGAGGAUGAGGCGGAGGAUGAGGCGGAGGUGGUUGGAGAGGCCUCAAACACGGGGGAUUCAACUCCGAGUCAAGCCACCAUCAGACCUGAAACACAACGGAAACGGCCCAGCAAGAAGACUGCUAAGCGCAAUAAUGUAUUUAAUGUUUCUGAUGAAGAUGGAGAUGAGCUACCCUCUGUACGUACAAAACGAGCUAGGGUAGCUCCUUCUCAGGCUCCUGGAUUUUUUAUUGCACCUUAG